CACAGGAGACCGCGGAUGGUGGACGGAGAAGCUAUCCGUAAUCUUUUUCAAAGGGCUUAAAUGUGUGAGGAUGCUGGUGAAGUUUGCACAAAUUAGCAAACAGCCUGGAGUCUUUUACGAGUCCGUUUUUGUCAGACUCGAGAAAUGACAUAGCAAGUCUGUUUGUACAGGCAGGUAGUGGUGCCACAUAAAUCUGCUUUCUCCAGGCUUUGGCUUUGUUGACAAAACAAAAACACACCCAGGCUACUUAGAAAGUUGAAGUAGGAGGAAAAGGAGGAGGUGGAGGAAAUCAGUCUCUCCUCAUGGCCAGCGGGCGUUUUCCAGGCAAGAGUGCAGAUGUGGCCAUCAACAACUGGACCGCUCCAUCUCAGGGCAGACCGCUGUGUGUCAACGGGACACCAUGGAUCCUUUACCUGCUUGAGGAAUGUGUGGACAACAUCUGGGAGUACUGCAGCGUUGUGAUAGGACUCAUAUCCAUGUUCUGUUUUUUGUUGUCCACGAUACCGCAGGUCUAUGAGGCCUAUCGGAAUGGAAAAGUGGAGGAGGCUAUGUCUUUUGGGUUUCUCGUCUUCCUCCUCAGUGGAGACCUGACCAGCUUCGCUGGAUGCUAUCUCACUAGCCAGCUGCCCAUUCAGGUUGUCACAGUGGUGUUUUACAUCUUCACUGACCUGAUUCUCAUCUCCCAGUUUCUCUACUAUAAGAUCAAAAACAGCUCCAGCAGAAAAAAUCCCGCGCUGAAGUGGGUGUGCUUCAUAUGGUGUGGCGCUGGGACAUUAGCACUCCUGGCUUUACCCAAGCUCAUUAUAGACAAUGGUUCACAUUUAAACACUCAGAGUGCAGCCAGCUCCAAGUCAGUGGAAAUCACUGGUUAUGUAUGUGGAUAUUUGGCAUCUGUUUUCUACCUCUGCUCCCGUUUUCCACAAAUCCAUAAAAAUUUCCAGCGACAGUCUACAGAGGGCACCUCCUACCUGCUGUUUGCCCUGGCCAUGAUGGGUAAUGGGACGUAUGGGCUGAGCGUCAUAGUUGUCCUUCCGGCAUUAAAGGGCUCCAAACAGAACUUCAUCGUCAAACAUCUGGCCUGGCUUAUCGGCAGCCUGGGAGUCCUCAUACUCGACUGUUUUGUAACUGCCCAGUUCAUCAUGUACAGGAAGAACAUUUCUGCCAAAACCAGUGCGCUACGCCAUAUCCCAGAGGUGGAACCUCUUCUGAGUGAGGAAGAGGAGCUGACAGUGUUGUAGGACAGAGAUCAAACACCAGCAGCGAUUGGACUAUCAGUCUUUUUUUGGAGCUCUCAGGGGUCGCUGAACAUGAGUCUCAUUUUCUUUGCACACAAGAGGACAAUCUCCUGUUUAGUGUGUUAAUAAAGAAGGAAAGAGGAGGUAACAAUUUCCUUAACACUGGAGAUUAACUACCAGUUUAGAAGCUCUUCCAUAGUUUCUCUUUAGUCUGGCUUGCCUGCAUGACUUGGGUCAUUUUUGCACUUAUGGAUGGAAAAACUAUAUUUAAAAGCAAUCAGUGAGCUUCCAUGUUUAAAAUAGGGCUCUUAAAACCAGUUAGUCAUUUCUAAAAUGAAACCUUUGCCAAUAUCUGCGGAACCUGAUGUAUUAACAUAUUUUUUAAGAUAGUAGGUAUCACCACCAAAAGCCCACGAAAGCAAAUUUUCCAAAUACUCCCCUAGUAAGCACAGAAGUGUGGAAUUACAUUGGUCUUAUCUCACUUUGUGGCCCUGUAGCUAACCCUUUACAGCCAUAUGAGACGACGCUGGGAUAAAAAGAACCAACUCUGAUGUUUUAAUGUGAAUCUGAUAGUGUUAUAUAAUGUGAAAAGGAUUUUUCGUGUUUAAUGUUUAAGGACUAGUGGAUUUCUUUGCUUUGCGUUCUCUUUGUCCUCCAGGAGAAACGGUGUGUACCCUUUAAAACUGUUAAUAGUCUUAAUAUAAAUGCAUUGCAUAAACACAUCACUGUUUUUAAGCUAAUGUGAAUCAGAUUGUUAAAGUAGAUAAUAACUUAAGAAACUGUAUUUCUUAAAAACAGCAGUGGAACUGUUUGUCCUUCCAAGUCCCUGAUUAUGACCUCCCUGCAGAUGUCCUCUCUUAAGUUUCCGUGUGCUGGCAUCAUCUUUUUAAAAAUUUUAUAACGUUUAUUAAAAAAGAAAGAAGACACGUUCAAUGACGUUAUCUAAAAAUAGGAGCAUUAUAAAAUUAGUCCACGUGUCUAAUCUGUCAUCAGGUUUGUGGGAGAGAGUAUGCUCUUGUCAAGCCAAAUUUAUUUGCAUUAUUUCGUAGCGUGUCCUUAUUAGCUUCUUUACAGUUGUUUCCAGAACUAAUGCUAAUUGAACAGAUGACAACAGAGGAGAGAAAGGAGAAAAAUGGUGUACUAAUAGAUGAGUAGUUUCAUCUUAUGAUUAUAUUUUUUGUAAGUAUUGAUUUAGACUAAUGCUAAAAAUAAUAAUAAUAGUCUUAAUAAUAUUAGUUAAUUCAUAGUAAAUUAGUUAUUAGUGAAUUAUAUUCUUCUGACAGAUGGUUUUGUCAUACAGUAUGUAUGUGGCACAGUCACUUUUAACCUGAUCAUCUGUUUAACUUCAGUUCUGCAGAUUUCUCUACCUCAGGCAAGUGUGGGCAUCUUUUUGUGUUAAAAAACAAACAAACCAUUAGUCAUUAGUCCCAGUACUAGCUCGAGAAAAUUCAUUUGCAAAUAUGCAAUAAUAACUUCUUCACUAAUAAUUCAGUACUUCUAUUGAUUUAUUGUAUUUUCAAAAUGUUCCUGUUUCUUUGAUUGUUUUUGUAUUGAAUAUAUUAUUAGGACCUAUUGCUGCUACAGACUGUGGAGCAUGUAUAUAAGUUGUUAAGAUGAGUUUAUUUUAUUUCCUUUUUUAAUCUUCCAUUGUGUUGCCUUUUAAUAAAUGUGUAUUGUAAGUUUAAAUAACUCCAUUG